GUCCCAGAAGAGGUGUUAGAUACGAAAGAGAACAGUAUAGAACCUGACUUACUCCUAAUGUAAACUCCCCCACCAGGAUGGAAGGAGAACCUUACCACAAUGCCACUACUGUCAAUGGCACCCCAGUGAAUCACCAGCCUUUGGAACGCCAUGGGUUGUGGGAAGUCAUCACCAUUGCAGCUGUGACUGCUGUGGUCAGCCUGAUCACCACUGUGGGCAACGUCUUAGUCAUGAUCUCCUUCAAAGUCAAUAGUCAGCUGAAGACGGUUAACAACUAUUACCUGCUCAGCUUAGCCUGCGCAGAUCUCAUCAUUGGGGUCUUCUCCAUGAAUCUCUAUACCACCUACAUCCUCAUGGGACGCUGGGCUCUCGGGAGUCUGGCCUGUGACCUUUGGCUGGCACUGGACUACGUGGCCAGCAACGCUUCUGUCAUGAACCUUCUGGUGAUCAGUUUUGACCGUUACUUUUCCAUCACAAGACCCCUGACGUAUCGGGCCAAGCGUACCCCAAAGAGGGCUGGCAUCAUGAUUGGCUUGGCCUGGCUGAUCUCCUUCAUCCUCUGGGCCCCAGCGAUCCUCUGCUGGCAGUACUUGGUGGGGGAGCGAACGGUGCCUCCAGAUGAGUGCCAGAUCCAGUUCCUCUCUGAGCCCACCAUCACUUUCGGCACCGCCAUUGCUGCCUUCUACAUUCCUGUUUCCGUCAUGACCAUUCUCUACUGCCGAAUCUACCGGGAAACAGAGAAGCGGACCAAGGACCUGGCUGACCUCCAGGGCUCUGACUCUGUAGCUGAAACUGAGAAGAGAAAGCCAGCUCACAAGGCUCUGCUCAGCUGCUUUGGCUGCCCGCGGCCCACGCUGGCCCAGAGGGAACGGAGCCACGCUUCCUGGUCAUCCUCCCGCAGGAGCACCCCUGGGAAGCCGUCCCAAGCCUCCGGCCCAAGCACUGAGUGGGACAAAGCUGAGCAGCUCACUACCUGCAGCAGCUGUCCCUCCUCAGAGGAUGAGGACAAGCCCACCGCUGACCCUGUCUUCCAGGUGGUCUACAAGAGUCAGGCCAAGGAAAGCCCGCAGGAAGACUUCAGUACUGAAGAGAGCAAGGAAACUUUUGCGAAAGGUCAAGCUGAAAAAAAUGACUACGACACCCCAAAAUACUUCCUGUCUCCAGCAGCUGCUCAUAGAUCCAAGAGUCAGAAAUGUGUGGCCUAUAAGUUCCGAUUGGUGGUGAAAGCAGAUGGGACCCAGGAGACCAACAACGGCUGCCGCAAGGUGAAAAUCAUGCCCUGCUCCUCCCCAGUGUCCAAGGACCCUUCCACGAAAGGCCUGGAUCCCAACCUCAGCCAUCAAAUAACCAAACGAAAGAGAAUGGUCCUUGUCAAAGAGAGGAAAGCAGCCCAGACCUUGAGUGCCAUCCUCCUGGCCUUCAUCAUCACGUGGACCCCUUAUAACAUCAUGGUCCUGGUUUCCACCUUCUGUGACAAGUGCGUCCCCGUCACCCUGUGGCACUUGGGCUACUGGUUGUGCUACGUGAACAGCACUGUCAACCCCAUUUGCUAUGCCCUCUGCAACAGAACCUUCCGGAAGACCUUUAAGAUGCUGCUUCUCUGCCGAUGGAAAAAGAAAAAAGUGGAAGAGAAAUUGUUCUGGCAGGGGAACAGCAAGCUCCCCUGAAAAGUUAACAACUCCCCUCAAAAGAAUGACCAUCAUCCACUUCCUGAUUCCCGUUUGUUGAUGUUCAAAAAAGACAUCUGUCUCUGCAAGUCCCUGGGAACCUUGUAAAGGCUUGAGGUCUGUUGCCCAAAGAAAGGAGCCACACCUGCCACACCUGCUGUCCAUUGAAGUAUUCCUGUCUGCGACUAAGGUCGCCGGAUGUCACAGGCGUUUGCCAUCGAAGUGAAUGGGCUCGUGGCUUCUCAGGCGGGAGGCAUGCUGGGUCGCGGCGGACAGUGACCGAGGGGACUUUUGUCUAACCUUCUGUGGGGAACAGCAGGGACCAGUUGGAAACGUCUCCCCUGCGGAAACAUGUCAUAGACUUUUGUGCAGUGUGUAUGUGUCUAUGAAGUUGUCUUGUGUCAGUGAGAACCAGGGGACUGUAAGUCAGUGUUACCUGUCAACAAGAGUGGUAUUCAACUGGCUUCUAAGGCUUUCUUUAUAAACCGAUCAGUAUUUAUUUACAAGGUAUUUAUUAUACAGCUGUUAUGUGUUCUGUGCCGUGGUAUGUUUUCCUGUCCCUACACCUGAGCAAAGCUCUUGCUAGUCCCUUUUACAGCUGAUGCCAAUUCCUGGUAUCCAUUGAACUCAAGCUGGUGCCCAUCCUUCCUUUCAGAAUCCUGCGUCUGGAAGGCCCUGAAACCUGAUCACACCCGGUCCUAGAGAGGGGACUCUAUUCUGCUAAUAAAUAUGGUCCAGUCUCCAGUCACUUAUUUUAGGUUUUACCAGUAGGGAUUUUCCCUUUUUUUUCUUAACAAAUAUUGUGCAUUCUAUUUUGUGCCCAUGUAAACCCAUUUAUUCAUGUUCUGUUCUUAGGAAGACGAGUUGUAACACAGUCCUUCACUGAUUAAAGAUCUUCUCCAGGCUAUUCCUCAGGGUUCUCUUAAACUGUUUUCAGCGGUCUUAAUUUCUAAUCUCUUUGAAAGGCAAACCUGAGGCAAAUUGUGGAAAACAAAUUUGGUUUCACCCCAUGAUUUUGAACUUAUUCCUUGGUCUUUAGCAGGCCCCCAAUUUCCCUCAGUUCACACAGACCCCAGUUCACACCCAGGCACAGCAGGUCAUUGUGGAGCCUCCAGCCAAAAGUGGAGAGACAGCAGGGGAAAGGUUUUAUUACUUUUUUUUAAUAGGUCCUUGAAUCAUGGUUCAGAAAUGACUUACUUAUUCAUUCCUCUCCAAAUUCAUGGUCAAAGAUGAGACGUCCAGAAAAGUACAGUUG